AUGUCUGCACUGCCUCUGGAUGAUGAAAAUGGAUCGGCUAGAUCCCCCAGGCAGCCUAGAACACAACGUGUUAGUUUGGCGGGUCUAGACCUCGACCCUGAGGCUGAUGAUGAAGAAUACAAGGAAGGUGAAGAAUAUGACGAAUCUGGCGUCAAAGAAGAUGAUGAAGAUGCUGAAGUCAACGACGACGACGAUGACGACGCUGAUGUUGAUGACGACGACGAUGAUGAAGUUGUUAAAGUGGGUCGUCCUAGAGGUAGAAAGAGAAAGUCUGCCAGCGACGAAUUGGAUAAUGAAGAAGGAGACAAGGAUAAGGACGAGAAUGAUGAUGAUGAAGAAAAAAAGACUGAAGAAGGCGCUGAUGGUGAGCCUCCUAAGAAGAAGGGUAAGAAGAGAGGUAGAAAGCCUAAGAUUCCUAGACCCGACGAUGUUAUGUACGAUGAUAAGGGAAACGAAAUCAAUGUCCAGAACGACGAGAUUGUGCUUGACGAGGAGGACCCGAAGGGUCAAGAAAAGGUGGAUGAAUUGGGCCGCUUGCAAGGUGACAGAAAAUACAGGGUUAAGACUUUUACUCUAUUAGGCAAGGGUGAUAGACUCUAUAUGGUGUCUACCGAGCCAGCUCGUCUUGUUGGUUUCAGAGACUCGUACUUAUUGUUCAAAACCCAUCUGUCAUUGUUCAAGAAAGUAUGUACUCAUGAGGAGAAGAUGGACUUGAUUGACCGUCACUUGAUUCCAACAUCAUACAAAGGUAGAUCCGUCAACCUUGUCACGGCGCGUUCUAUAUAUAGAGAAUUCGGUGCCAGAAUGGUUCUCGGAGGAAAAAAGGUUGUUGAUGAUUUUUGGGAGCAACAAGCAAUUGACAGAGGCGAUGUUUCUGGUGAAUAUGCUGAUCCAGAAGAAGCAUCCACUUCCAAUAGAGCUGCCAGUUAUGGUGCAGAGAACUACCAGAACCAAAUUACAGGCUCUGCUUUGAUCAACUACCAGGUUGAUCCUACGUGGUUAUAUCAGGUUUCCAAGCAAACGCUAGAUUUCAAUUCCACGUUGACAGAACAGAGAAAUCAGGUCUGGAUAAGGGGUAUUAAAGACCCUUACAGUGGCUUUAAUUUCUACCCCGAGGGAAGUCAGCCAAAAAGAGCUUCUGUUUACAAAAUCUCUGGUGGAGACAAGAGCAACACUCUCAAGAGCUCUCUUGCUUUUUACAACCCAGACAUUCGCCGUAAGGUGACGGGUCUUGCAUCCGUUCCAAAAGAAAUCUUUGAGGACAUCGAAGAUGAAGAAAUCAAGAAGGCGAUUCUCGAACAACAGGCGUACGAGAAGGCGGCUGCCAGGUUUUAA